AUGGCAGAGGAAACAUUUUCCACAAUUAGAACGGCAAUUGCAUUUUCUCAACAAAAAAAUCUCUCAAAAAAUUACGAUGCCAAAUUAGAAAUGGUUAAAAGUAUUGGGGUCAAAGCCAGUGGUUUGAAUGGUUUAUGCGUAGGCACAAUAAAAUUUUUUAUUUAUUCAACCUAUGCCUUGGUUUUUUGGUACGGUUCUACUUUAAUUAUUAGCGGGGAGAUAACUCCUGGAACUGUAGUUAAUGUGUUCUGGCAGAUUCCUCCAAUUGAUAUUGAAUCAAAGGAAGGCAUUGAGUUGGAAAAUAUUGAAUGCCGGAUUCAAUUAAAAAACAUUUCGUUUAUUUACCCUUCCCGAUCUGAAAUAAAAACUUUGAAAAACGUAUCUUUGGAUAUUGAACCUAGCACUACCGUCGCUCUAGUUGGUUCUUCCGGAUCCGGAAAAAGUACAAUUGUAUCUCUCAUUCUUCGUUUUUAUGAUCCCGUUGAGGGAGAGAUUUUAGUUGAUGGGCAUGAUAUUAAAAGAUUUAAUUUAAAAUGGACUCGAAGACAAAUGAACCUUGUAAGUCAAAAACCUCCUGUACUUUUCAACACAUCGAUUGCGGAAAAUGAGGAAAAAAACAGCGCAUUGCGAUCGCAAGAGCUAUUGUUAAAGAUAAAGAUAUUAUUAUUGGAUGAAGCUACAAGUGCACUUGAUUCGCAAAGCGAAGGAAUCGUGCAAGAUGCUUUAGAUACGACAGUCAUAAUAGCUCACAGAUUAUCAACAAUUCGAAAUGCUACAAAAAUUGUUGUAAUGAGUAAUGGUGAAAUUAUUGAAACCGGUACUCAUGAUGAAUUAAUUCAAGAUCAAGAGGGACCUUAUUCAAGAUUAAUCGCCGCACAAAAAUUCGAAGAAAUUUCUAACAAAGUUAUAAACACUUUUGCAAAACCUGUGGAUGAAUUACAAAAAGAUGCAACGUUUUGGUCACUUAUGUUUCUUGUCGUUGCGGCCCUUGCUAUGGUUGCGAUGUUACGAAAAGAUAUAAGUUUCUUUGACGAAGAAAAUAAUAAUUCCGGUUCUUUGACGAGUGCAUUAUCAACGAAUGCAACAGAAAUUUCCGGACUCGCCGGUGCCACACUUGGCACUAUUCUUCAAAAUCAUUGCCACUCUCAUAUCGGGAAAUAUAUAGUUGCAUUGAUAAUUGGAUGGAAACUGGCGCUUUUAUCAAUGAUUUCGAUAUCAUUUCUAAUGUUGGGUGGUUUCUAUCAAAUCAAAAUGAUGUCAGGAUUCGAAGCAAAGACCCUAAAGGCUCACGAACGAUCGGCACAAGUUGCGUGUGAAGGAACGGCCAAUAUUCGUACCGUUGCAUCACUUACACGAGAGAAUAAUGUAUUGAAAUUAUAUAGUCAAUUGUUGGAUGAGCCUCCGAAGGAAGGAUAUAUAAAUGUGAUUUUUGGAAGUAUGACUUUUGCUCUCACAUCCUGUACUAAUUAUCUUGCUGAAGCAAUGGUAUUUUGGUAUGUAGCUACUUUGUUAUCUUUGGAGCCAUAUCAUCCGGACGUAUCUUUGCAUACAUGGUCUAAUAAUGGCAAGAAAAUUGAUGUUGCUAAAGGACACAUUAAAUUUUCCAAAGUUCAUUUUAAUUAUCCUACACGUCCCUUUGUACCCGUUCUUCGCGGUCUUAGCUUAGAAAUCAAAGCGGGACAAUUCGUAGCAUUAUUUGGACCAUCAGGUUGUGGUAAAAGUACUAUGAUAGGAUUAACCGAAAGAUUUUAUGUUGUAUCGAAUCGAGAGAUGUUUAUCAUUGGUUUACAAAUGGAUGAUACUCAUGUUGGAAAUAAAGGAAGUCAAUUAUCGGGAGGUCAAAAACAAAGGAUUGCGAUCGCAAGAGCACUAAUACGAAAUCCAAAAAUUCUGUUGUUAGAUGAGGCAACAUCAGCUUUAGAUACUGAAUCAGAAAAGAUCGUUCAAAAAGCUUUAGAUAAAGCGUCAGAAGGUCGAACAACAUUAUCAAUAUUAUCAACAAUUCAACAUGCUGAUAUUAUAUUUGUUAUAAAAGAUGGUAAAGUAGCUGAAGAAG